CAAGCAGAUCGGCAAGAAGUUGAACGUGAAGUGUCCAUUCUCACUCAGCUUCGGCAUCCACGUAUUGCACAGAUUUAUGACGCAUUCUACACUCCAAACAAUGAAGUUGUACUGAUAAUGGAAAUUGUACGAGGAGGAGAACUUUUUGAUCGAGUAGCAGAUGAAAGCUACGUUUUAACGGAGAUGGCAGUAGUGAUGAUCAUAUGUCAGCUAUGUGAAGCUAUUGACUACAUUCAUGAAAUGAAUAUUUUACAUUUAGAUAUUAAGCCUGAGAAUAUCAUGUGUGUCUCACAGACGGGAAACCGGAUCAAAUUAAUAGAUUUUGGUCUAGCUCGGUACUAUGAUGGAACUCAGGAACUUCGUUAUAUGGCGGGUACUCCGGAAUUUGCAGCCCCUGAGGUCAUCAAGUACGAACAGCUUGACUACCAUACAGAUAUGUGGAGUGUUGGAGUUAUCACUUAUAUUUUGUUAUCCGGGUAUUCUCCGUUUCUGGGAGAAAACAUAUGUGAAACGUAUUGCAAUGUGGAAAAAGGUGUUUGGGAUUUUACGGAAGAGUUUGAUUUGGUUAGCCCUGAAGCAAAGGAUUUUAUCUCACGGCUGAUCGUCUAUAAAAAAGAAAAACGAAUGCUGCCAAAGGAAUGCUUAGCUCAUCCGUGGAUUGCCAGACAUCGAGCAAAAGUCAGUUGUGAUGCGAUUCUCGAAAAACCAGCUGAGGGACCUGUGAUGGAUAAUAAGCAAAUAAUGCGGUAUAAUGCACAGCGAAAACUCAGGGUAAGUUUAUUUCUAAAAUUGAAAUAUUAUGUUAAUUUUUUCGUUUUUUCUAAGCUGACAGAUUAUUGCCUUGGUGGAGUACAGGAUUGGAAGCCUCUAGGACGCCCGCGUACCAUUUCAGGCAGUACUUGGCAUGAAUAUACCAAAGAAGGGGAUGGGCCUUUAUGGGUACCACCAAAUAAAUAG